AUGCCUGUAUUUGAGAAUGCUAAAGCCAAAAAUAAUGGCAUAUGGUUUAAACUCAAUGACAAAGUAGAUUAUGAAUGCCAAGUUGGAUAUGAAAACAGAUAUAACAAGGGCUCCAUAACAUGUACCUAUGAUGGAUGGUCGGACACAUCCUCCUGUUAUGAAGUGAAAUCCUGUGGUUUUCCUCAAAUCAAUCAUGAACAUCUAUACUAUGAAGAUAGAUACAGAGCAGACUUUCCAGUACCUGUAAGAAAGCAAUACAGCUAUUAUUGCAAUAAUGCAUUUGUAGCUCCUUCGGGGUCAUACUGGGAUUACACUCAUUGUACCAUAGAGGGAUGGAUACCUGAAGUACCAUGCCUCAGGCAAUGUGUUUUCCAGUCUGUGGAAAAUGGGUGUUCUCCAUACUUGGAAAAACUGUAUGUACAGGAUCAGUCUGUAAAAGUUGAGUGUUAUCCUGGCUGCAGUCUUCCAAAUGGUCAGGACACAAUUACAUAUACAGAGAAUGGCUGGUCCCCUCCACCCAAAUGCAUAUGUGUCAAUUUAACAGGAAAAUGUGGGCCUCCUCCACCAACUGACAGUGGAGACAUUACCUCCUUCCCAUUGCCAGUGUACCCACCAGCUUCAUCAGUUGAGUAUCAGUGCCAGGCCCUCUAUCAACUACAGGGCAGCAAGACAAUAACAUGCAGAAAUGGAGAGUGGUCAGAGCCUCCAAAAUGCCUACCUCUGAUCAACAGUUCUGUCACAGUUAAUAAUGAACAAUUUUUCCUUGUUGGCAAUGUUUACUUCUUCUUUUGA